GCCCUUACAUCAGUCACACCUCAAGCAAGUGUACCAUCCGCAUCUUCUCGAACGCCGAUUCCUAGGACAUAUCCAAAUAAAAUGGAAUGUCUUUACCAAUGUGCCGUUGAGCAUGGCCUCGAUCCUGAGAAAUUUUCGAUCAUUACUGAGGCUGAUAAGAAAAGAUGGGCAGGUGAAUUCUUCUGCGGUAUCUUGGAGGUUGAUAUAUCGCGAAAGAAUGACGGUGAAGAGCUAUUGCAUUGUGAUAUUCUAAAGCACCGGUCAAGUACUGCAUGGCUUGAUGAUCUUAUGAAAGAAUGGGAAAAAACCCAUACCCAAUUUAUAUAA